GGGGUUGUUGUUGGUGGAGGAGUGGCUAGCUAGUUGCUAGUGAGUCGCGUGUGCUAUUUUUUUAUGUGAGUAAUAUGUAUGUUGUCCAGUAUUUAAAGGACUACAUAGUAGACGUUGUGUAUGAACGCCAUACAAUGUUGAAUGGGUUUUCUAUCAGUCGGUUGGACUUUGCAAAUCUUCUCUGUUUUUCCAGUUAGCUAACGUUAGCUAGCGUAACUUCCGAUUUUUGCUUUCGCGGGUCAGUACAACAACAGCUUGCUAAAGUUGCAUGCAGAUGUUUGGCAAGUGUCACACUUUCUCAAGAUGCAGUAUUCAAAUGUGUAUGUGAUGCAUUUAAGUUUGCAGUGUGCCUAUGCUUUCAUUUAGCCAUCGAGCUAGAGCAGAGGUGUAUACACUAGGAACGAACCUGAAUGUAUCCAAUAUAGCAUCUUGUUUUCGCUGUAAAAAGUGUUCCGAUGCAAAGCGUGUUGGACUAAUGAUUACACCCCAGAUAUAGUAGCGUUGUUUUGUUUACGCAUGGUCACUGUGAACUGUAAUCUAUUGUGCAUGACAGUGCCAGGCUGCCUGCAUUAUGUCACUGCUUAGCCUUGUGGAUGAAGCCAUCAAGUUGUGUAAAGUAGAGGAGACCAAGAUAAACGAGAACAUCCUUCAAUACAGGGAGAUACUGCGCUCUUUGAGACCACAGCAAGAAGACGGCAAGGAAAUAGAACUGACAGAUGAUGUUGAAAAGGACCCAGAUGUCCAACUGGAGGAGAGACGGGAGAUGAAACUGCUGAAUCGAUUGCUGGAGAAGGCCCUCAGAGUUCGCGCUGGCACAGCACCCCAAAAAGACCCUCAGAACUGUCCAGGACCAAAGAAAGAACCAGUGGACACUACACAGGGCAAGGGAAGGGCUCUGACCCCAGGUGGCACCAAGGGGAAUAAAAAUGGCAUUAAAACUACCUCCAAACCCAUCACGAUGGACAAAAAAGAGUCCAAAAAGUAUUCUGCCUCCCAUCUCUCCUGGGGUGGAAGGGGGAGGAUGGGUCAUCCGGUAGGUCAUUCAGGACAAGGCAGGGCAAGCAUGAUCAGAAGCUCUGUCCAGAUGCAGAAACGAUCUGUCGUGUCAUCAAAGGGGUUUCCUCCCCAGUCCUCUGGGAAGGAAGUGAAGCAGGCUGGUCCUCCAGGUCCUGUGUCACAUGAUCAGGGUCAAUCACCACAGGCCUCAUCAGCACAUCAUCAGGUUGAGGUGUCCCACAGGUCAGCUGCAGCCACUUCCUUCCAGCCCCCUAAGUGGGACACGGUGUCUGUUUCACACAUGGAGGGGAUGCCAAAAGCACAUGUAAUUUCACCUCCACAGAAUAGGGCUCCCACACCGUUAACUAAAUGGAUCAGUCUAAGGACCAAACAAAGCAGGUUAUGGGACAAAGUCCUGGCUCUACAAUCCAAACCUGUGGCGGAGAGGAGUCACUUCACGGAGAGAGUGAAAGCCACUUUCUCCAGAGAGUGGCCAACCAGUGGCAGCCCGGCCGACACCGGGGCUCAGGUGGACAGACUGACACAGCUUUGCACGGAUCUGAGUCAUUGCUACCAGAGCGAGCGGCUGCUGACUGGCCAGACCUUCAGAACCUCUGGCACUGAGCCAGGUACCAGCCCAACCAGAGGAGAUAUGGAAGGAGGGAUAACAACAUGCCAGAAGAGCGAAUAUGAGUCCUUGCUGAUGCUGGAAGGACUAGAGAAGAUGGUGGCAGACCUCCGGAAACAUGCUGGACAGCUGAGAAAAGAGUGGGAGGCAUGGGAUCGAUGGAGGAGGCUGAAGGGGGAAGGAGCGGGCGCGUUCUGCCCCGUCAGGAGUAAGGGUGAGUGGGGUGACCUGAGUGGGGUGACCCCCUUGCCCCCCACCCUGACCUACACCAGCCAGGCAGAGCUCCAGGAGGUGGAGAGGCUGAGGUUGCGAGUGGGGCUGCUACAACAGGAGGUGCACCUGCAUCAGGCUCUCUCUGACACCAUGGUCAUGCCCUCCGCUCCUGGACUUCCCAACCCCGCCGUGCUCCGUGACAUUUACUCCCUGCUUGGAGAGGGAGGGGUGAUGUUUCCUACUCUGGUUCUGGACACAGAACCUGACUAAAGGAACAGGUCAAAUGAACUGAACAGGCCAAAUCACCUGGGUCAUGUUUAUUAGGGCACACAAUGCAGCAGAAAACAAAUGAACGUUUCUAAUUGGACAAGUCCAGGUAGCCUCUCCCUGUUUCAUUCUGUGUUCUUCCAUUUGGUGCCUAAUGAACACGACCAAGAAAGACUAUUGAAGAAUAGACCAAUGAAUGGUAUGUCUUAGGAGGGGACACUGAGAACAGAGGAAGAAGAAUGGAGAAUCUUCUGAAAAGAGGCAUUUUUGUGUGUUGGGAAUGUCAAUCUGUGUAUUUAUUUGGAGAGAUUGAGCAUUUUGGUUUUACAUUGUUUCUUUUGAAAAAUAUUGUAAGACUCCUAUAAUUAGAUUAAAUUAUUCAAAUUGAUGGAUA